AUGCGCGCGUCCAUAAUCGACGCGCACGUGCACGUGUGGCCGAGCGCGGAGGAUUUCGCGUACGAAGACGGCAAAGCGCCUCCAGUUCCCGGGGCGGCGAAUGAGCUCAUCGCCGCGAUGGACGCCAACGGCGUGCGCGCGGCGAUGAUCGUGCAACCGAUAAACCUAGGGUUCGAUCACACGUACGUAGAGCGUGCGUUGGAGACGCACGCCAAUCGCUUCGUGGGGAUGUGUCUGGCGAACCCGAGCGCGGGAGACGCCGGCGUCGAGGCGUUGGAGAAGCUCCUCGCGGGACGUUUUCGCGGCGUCCGAUUCAAUCCAGGGCUAUGGCCGAAUGGCAAGGGUAUGGAUGGCGAAAUAGGGAGAAAAAUGAUGCGCGCGUGCGCGGCGCGAACGCCGCCCGCGGUGGUGGGUUUCAUGUGCUUCAACGGACUUGAUUUGCACGUGGACGAAAUUCGCGCUCUUCUCAAAGCGGAACCGACGGUGCCGGUGCUGAUCGAUCACUUCGGAUUCACCAAGGGCGUGGAUGAUCCGAACUUUGAGUUGUUACAGGCGCUCGGGCGAGACUUCCCACAAGUGAGCGUGAAGGUUUCGGCGCAUUUCCGCGUGCGCAUAGAAACGAGCGACGGAGGCGACUCGACCGCGACGCAAUUGCGCGAGCUCGUCAAGGUGUUCGGUCCACAUCGAUUGAUCUGGGGGUCGGACUACCCUUUCGUCACCGCCGAGGAGGGAGGCUACGCCGACGCGGUUCGAGUGCUCGAGCGGCAAAUAGGCGACGACGAUCCCGCGCUCCUCGCGAAUAUUAGAGGCGAUAACUUUUUACGCCUGUUUCCUGGGGCGCUCGGCGAGGCGUAG